UCCCAUCAGAAGAAGCAGCAGCGAGGAUGGACGGCUUGCUCUGGAAGAUCUGGCUGGUGGUGACCGUCUGCGGGACGUCCUGCCUCGCACACAGGCCCCUGAGCUACGGGGAGGCCGUGGAGCUGGCCGUGAGCAUCUACAACAGCAAGGCCGGCGAGGAGUCCCUCUACCGCCUCCGGGAGGCCGAGCCUCAGCCCGAGUGGGAUCCCAAUGCCGAGAGCAGCCAACAGCUGAACUUCACCAUCCAGGAGACGGCGUGCCAGGUGGAAGAAGAACGUUCCCUGGAGGAAUGCGGCUUCCAAGAAGACGGGGUGGUCCUGGAGUGUACAGGCUACUACUUCUUUGGGGAGACCCCCCCGGUGGUCGUCCUCACCUGUGUACCUGUGGCCGGAGUGGAGGAGGAGGAGGAGGAGGAGGAGCAGAAGGCAGAGGAGGAGAACGACGAGGAGAAGGAGGUGGAGAAGGAGAAGGAGGACGAGGAGAAGGACCAGCCCAGACGGGUCAAGCGGUUCAAGAAAUUUUUCAAGAAAAUCAAGAAUAGCGUGAAGAAGCGGGUCAAGAAAUUCUUCAAGAAGCCGAGGGUCAUCGGGGUCUCCAUCCCCUCAGAAGAACCAAGGAUGGGAGGCUACUUCUGGAAGACCUUGCUGGUGCUUGGGGCUCUUUCGGCCUCUGGACGUUGUGAACUGUCGCACAAGCCACUGACCUAUCAGAAAGCUCUGGAGCUUGGCGUGGCCAACUACAACAGCAAGGCCGAGGAAGACUCGCUCUACCAGCUGCUGGAAGCUGUCCCUCAACCUGAGUGGGAUCCCAAUUCUGAAGCAACCCAAGAGUUGAAGUUCACCAUCAAAGAGACGGUGUGCCCUGUGGAGGAAGGCCAUGCCUUGGAGGAAUGUGACUUCAAAGAAGACGGGGUGGUCAGAGAAUGCACGGCCAACUAUUUCCUUGGGGAGAAGCCCCCGAUGGCUUUUGUCACCUGUGACGCCGUGGAGGGAAUAGAGGAGGUGGAGGAGGUGGAAGAGAAGAAGGAGGAUGAGGAGGAGGAGGAGGAGGAGGAGGAGGAGGAGGAGGAG